CUUAAGCAGCCUAAAACACACCACAGCAGUAGCUUGACCACGUAACAGUCCAGUUAUUGUCAAGCAACCAGACACAAAAAGUGGUGGAAAAAGACUUCAGAUUUCAAAAAGCUGACAACAGCAACAUGUCUGACAGAGGACUAGUGGAGGAGGACGUAACUGUGAGUCACACAGGACCAAAGGGAGUAAUUAAUGACUGGCGGAAGUUUAAGCUGGAGAGUAUGGAUCAGGAGGCCUUACCUCCCAACAAGAGGGAGCUUCUGAAGCAGAUGUCAUCUCCACACAAACCUAAGGAGGAGUCCCUGUGUACAUCUACUCAAAAGAUAAGCAUUCAGGAGUAUGAGCUGCUGAAGGAGGAUAAUGAGCAGUGUCUACGCAAGUACCGUAAGCAAUGCAUGCAGGAAAUGCAUGAGCGCCUCAGCUUUGGGCCCAGGUUCAACGGUGUGCAUGAAUUGGACAGUGGUGAGGCAUUUCUUGAGGUAAUUGAGAAGGAGCACCGGCUCACUGUAGUGGUGGUGCACAUCUACAAAGUUGGUGUCAAGGGCUGUGAGGUAUUGGACAGGUGCCUGGACUGCCUAGCUGCUGAGUAUCCCAGCGUCAAGUUCUGCCGCAUCAGCGCAGCUGUCUCUGGUGCACGUGAACACUUCUCUGACAAUGUUCUACCAGCUGUGUUGGUUUACAAGGCUGGAGAGAUGCUGGGAAACUUCUUAGCUAUCACACAGCACUUCACUGAUGAGUUCUUUGCCACAGACGUGGAGGCCUUCCUCGCUGAAUAUGGACUGCUGCCAGAAAAAGAGUUGAGGUCAGGUGGAGAUAAUGCAGAUGUGGAGUGAGUGAGGAAGGGAUGGGAUGGAAAUAAUUCAAUAAAUUUGCAGGUUAAUAAAUCUGAAAGCAAUAUCAAAAUCUGAAAAUGUCUGGUUAAACAGAGCCCAACAUUGUUGUCUCAUAUUUAGCCAAUUGUUUUGCCAGUUAUUUCCUCCUUAUUAUAAUUAUUAUUGGACUGAUUAAAAUAUUCAUGUAUUGUUUAUACUGUAAAAAUGCAUAGAUAGCAUCCGCAGUCUAACUUCCACUUUGGUAUCUUUAUGAUUACAAUAGUAUCAAUAUCCUAACUGCAAAUUGUCCUAUAAAUAAAUUGGAUACAAAGCUAUAUUUUUCAGAUAUAAAUUGGAAUAGAAAAGAAAAACCCAGUGUCAUCUUCAUAGGACAUAAGAUAUAAAUCAAACCAGUGCCAUUAACAGAUAUUAGUCAGCUAGAAGAGUGCAGAUUUAUUCAAAUCUUUUUAUUAAUUUAAU